AUAUCGUUUUCUAGUCUCAAGCAUUUGAUGCGCAUAAUAAUAUGGUAUUGGUUACUAUAGGUUACCUAUCUACCGAAUAUAAUUUUUUUUUACGCUGUGUCUAGAUACCCAGGUGCCCGUGAAUUAUAAGAAAAAAUGGUUAGCGUCACUGUUGGGGCUUUGGCCGGGCAUUGAAUAUAUAUAUGUGGAUGGUAUACCGUAUGCUUUAAUAAUACUCAGUGUUUCGUAACUUGCGUCUCACGUGAACUACUGUCGUUUGAAUAUAGAUAAAUUACGUGUCGGAGCCCAUCCCUUAUAUUAGCUUGUCGGUAAAAGAACGUUUAUCGUUUGGGUAGUCUCCGAUCAGAGUUCAGUCGAAAUGAAAAAUUCCAAAUCAUUUACACAAGCAAUGCAGUCAACGCCAUCAGUAACAUGUACAAAAUCGCAUGAUCCUGGGUGCUCUCAGCAGCUAGCAGACUCACCGAAAUCAAGUUAUAUUAUUGAAAGAAGAAAGACAAGGAUACAUUUAGUUUCACCAGAAAUAAAGAGGCGAAAGUGGGCUGAUUCGACGUUGAUUGUAAAAGAAAUGAGAUCAAAAAUAGCACCUAUGGACAUUAAUUCACCAAAUGUAAGUGCAGUUGAGGAUAAGAAUGAACAUUUCGUUCUUACUGUUGAUCAUAAAAGUAUGGAUACGGUUUCUUCCACAGUACCAAAUAUUACAAAUGAUGAAAGCAUAGAUAGUAUUGGUAUUACUGCUGAUGAUAAUAUUACCCUUGACAACUUCCAAGCUAUAGAUCAUGAAAAAACUACACUGAACAUCGAUAAUGUUGAAGUAAUUAAUAUUGCUAACACAAGCAAUACAAAUGAAGAUGUCCCUAGACAAUUUUCAUGUAAUACUAAAUUGCUUGAUCUUCAAAUUAAUAAUUUUCGUACUAUUGUUCAAAAUAAAUCUAUUGAACUUAUUACUAUAUCGGACAACAGUGAUGAUGAAAAUACAUCAAAUCAACAAUCUAUUAAAAAACCACAUAGUUUUAAAUCUGUACCCAAUCGACAAGAUAUUUCUACAACAGGUAAAAGUAGAGCCCCAUAUUAUCGUUAUUUUCAUAACCGUAAUAUGAAAUGGGAAGAAAAAAAUGAUAGAAAGCUGCGAACCAUCAUCAUUGAUGGUCUAAACAUUGGACACGCACAUGGUUUAGGAACGUUUUCAGUGAAAGGCAUUGAAAUAUGUAUACAAUAUUUCACGGAUCGAGGACAUAAAGAUGUGUUAGUGUUCAUUCCAGUCCAUCAUCGGGGACCACCUGGGUCUGAAAGGAAAACCAUACUUGACAAUUUAUAUAACAAAGGGCAAGUUUGUUUUACUCCCAGCAGAAAGAUCCAUAACUUAAGGAUGACAUGCCGCGAUGACCGAAUAAUGCUCGAAUAUGCCAAUAAAUGUGAUGGAGUGGUUGUUUCAAAUGAUAACUUUCGGGAUUUAUACGAUGAAAAUGAAGUAUUCAAAAAAAUCAUUGAAAAUAGACUAGUAAUGGUUACGUUUGUCAAGGAUGACAUAAUUGUUCCAGAAGAUCAAUACAACGGAAGAACGAAUAUCCUGUAUCUUUCGGAUAUUUUAUGUUUUCCAGAAUAAAUGUAUAUUAAUUAUAAA